GCGGGGUGGGGCGGGGCGGCGACACGAUGGCGGUGGCCAUGGCGAGCGCUGCGGAGCGCGCCGUGCUGGAAGAAGAGUUUAAAUGGCUUUUACAAGAAGAGGUCCAUGCUGUUCUGAAACAGCUGCAGGAUAUUUUGAAGGAGGCCUCGCACAGGUUCGCCCUGCCCGCCGGCGGCGCAGAAGGUGCGGCCAAGCAGGAAAGCUUCGUGCUGAGCACGGCGGGCACAGACCAGGUAAAAGGUGUGUUGACACUGCAGGGAGAUGCCCUGUGUCAAGCUGACGUUAAUCUGAAAAUUCCCAGAAGUAAUCAGCUUCUGCACUUUGCGUUUCGGGAAGACAAGCAGUGGAAACUGCAGCAGAUACAGGAUGCUAGAAACCACGUUAACCAAGCAAUUUACCUGCUUAUGAAGAGAGAUGUAAACUACCACUUCAAAACAGGCUCAGAGGUUCUCAAGCUUAUGGAUGCUGUGAUGUUACAGCUCUCAAGAGCACGGAAUCGUCUUACCACUCCAGCCACUCUGACUCUACCAGAAAUUGCCUCCAGUGGUCUCACAAGAAUGUUCGCUCCUGCUCUGCCUCCAGACAUCCUUGUGAAUUUCUACAUUAACCUCAAUAAGCUGUGCCUGACCAUCUACCAACUCCAUGUGCUGCAGCCCAGCACAACUAAGAAUUUCAAACCUGCUGGAGGAUCCAUUCUACACAACCCUGGAGCCAUGUUUGAGUUUGGCAACCAGCGGUAUGAAGUCAGCCAUGUCCAUAAAGUGGAAUGUGUUGUCCCAUGGUUAAACGAUGCCCUCGUCUUCUUCACAGUUUCACUGCAGCUUUGCCAGCAACUGAAGGACAAGAUCUCUGUUUUCUCCAGUUACUGGAACUACAAGCCAUAUUAAUUCUCUGUGGAUUGUCCAAACACUUAAAGCACUUCGAGCAUCUCCCUGUUUGUUUUCCAUGUGCCUGUUGAGUCCAGGUCAACGUGAGAAGUGCUGUGUGGUUUGUUUACCCUGUGGCCCUUUGUAGGGUAGGGUCGAUGCAUCUGGAAACACACAUCUAGUGGUUUCAUCUGGGACCAGUACGUGAGCAGGGCACCAAGCAAUGCUGUGUGGAUGGUGGGAGCUCCCACCUAUCUUCUUUCACAUGUGUUCUUUGUGGUUUACACUUUGCAAGCCUCUGAUUUACACUAGUACCUUACAAGGGACAGGGAGCUGUGGAACACUCUCAAUAACUGUAUUUGCACACAGUGCUGUAACUAACUGCUGGACUUUGAGCUGGUUGGGAAGGGAUGAAGUUAGACUAAUAUAACACACCACAAAAAAGUGCUGGGCAUGUUGCUCCAUGUAGUAAAGUAUGUUGCUGUGGCCUCAUCCAGUUGCCGUUAUGACUAGCUCAGAGCUCUUUUCUCCAAUCUGUUCUGGCCAUGCCCAUGUUAUUGUUUCCCCUUUGAGGAAAUUCUUAUUUGCUACUAUUUGAACUAUUUUUUUCCCCUGGCAUCAAUGUGAUCAUUUGUGUUAUUUAUUUUUCCUAAGCCUCAGUUGAGCCACUUGUUUUUUGGUUUUGUUUUUUUCCUGAUGUAGUGUGUAAUUUUCAUUGUCAGCCUUUGGAGCUGCCCUCGUACCUUCAGCACAGUUGUACAGUCUCACAUUCUGUCAUUAAACUCCAAGUGAGUACCAUGUUACCAUGAUUUGCUGCCUACCUAUGAAUGCUACAGUAUGUAAGUCAUCCCUCUUGCUAUUGAUAAUUGUGAAAUAAAGAACCUCAUUCCUGCCAUA